AUGGCGUGUUGCUUGCAAAAUGAAGAUGAUGGAAAAUCAAUAAUUUCAGAAAUUAAUGAGUAAAUUGAAGAAAUGUAACUCAAAAAAACGCUAUCUUAAAUUAUUUAAGAGGCUUAAACAAAUAACAAAUACAAUUUAAUGAGAGGAGGCUGUGUUAUAAAAUCUGCGAUUGGCCCUAUUUAAUUUGGUAUUCCUCCAGAAACUGUGAAAGACUCAUUAAAUUUAGGAUAGGAAGUUCCUACAUUUUAUAUUAUACCUUCUAAGAGAUUUGAUAAAAAGAAUGGUGUAAAUGUCGCUGAAUUUGAAUUCCCUGCCUAUUUCAAUUUUUUUGUUAAAAAACGUAAAUGCACAUUAAUUUGUACUCAAGAAGCUGAAAGAGCAGUAAGAACAGUAUUUUAGGAGACUCUUCUUGGUCCUGUUAGUUUUGAACACAUUGAAGAGGAUUACUAUUAUUCUUAUCCUAAAGAUGGAAUACCAGAUUUUAAUAAAGAAUUAAAAGUUUUUGCAAAGAAUCCUAUGAACCCUAGUGAGGCUUUAAAAGUUGAUACUUUAAUCAGUUUUGUUAUUUUUGAUGAAAAUGGUGUAGCAAAAUUAAACGAUUCAAACGGAAAUAUUGUAGAAAUCAAAAAAGAACAAGGGAGCUAUUCUAUUUUUGAAAACGGAAAACUCCUUGAUAAUGUAAAAGAUGAAGUAAAUCUACCUGAAGGAAAUUUAUUUGAGAGUUUUGGAACUAUCAGCACUGAUAACAUCAAUAAUAUGAAAAAUUCUGAAUAAUAAAUAGGCAAUUAAUUUAAUCAUGAUAGAGUUACUUUUGAAAGUCCUACUAAAUCUCAUACUAAAAAUCUGAUCGCAGUUUGGACAAGCAAACUUGGUUAAAUGAAAUGUAUUUAGGAUAUUUAAAAUUUUCAUCCUGAGUUUAUCGAUGAAUCAGAAACCAUUACUCCUCCUGAUUUUGGUGUUACUGUCCUUGGUUCUUCUCAUGGUUUUGAUCCUAAGGGAAGCACUACUGGAUUUAUCAUUUGGAUCUAUGGUAAAGGUAUAAUGGUUGAUCCCCCACCAUUCAGCUCUUAAUUUUUAAAGAAAAUGGGUAUCCCUAGUGUACUAAUUCAUGGAAUUAUUAUAACCCACUGUCAUGCUGAUCAUGAUGCAGGAACUUUCACUAAACUUCUUGAUGAUAGUAGAGUUGAAGUCAUUACAACUAGAACAAUCAUGAAUAGCUUUUUGAGAAAAUAUAGUGCCUUGAGUGGAAUGGGUAUUGAAGAACUUAAGCAUUUGUUUAUCUUUAGGCCAGUUACCUUAGGUACUUCUAUUAAUAUAUAUGGAGCUAACUUUAGAUUUUUUUAUGCUUUCCAUACUAUACCUUGCAUCGGAUUCGAAUGCGAGCUUAAGCAGAGAUCAAUUUAUUAUUCUGCAGAUACAUUCUAUAAUCCUGAAUAGUUAAAAGAAUUCAAAAGAUAAGGGAUAUUUGGAUAAAAAAGAUAUGAAUAGUUAGCUAAUGUCAAAUUUAACAAUGACAUUAUUAUUCACGAAGCUGGUGUUCCUCCUAUUCACACACCUUAAACAGUUCUCGCUAGUCUCCCAAUUCAUAUUAAAAAUAAAAUGAUGCUCAUUCACAUCGCAGAAAAAGAUUUGCUUAAAGACAGUGGACUUAAAAUAGCUAAGCACGGUAUAGAAAAUACUUUAAUAUUACAUCCUUCGGGAUUUCAUAAAAAUAUGGAUACUUUAAGAAGACUUGACCUUCUUUCUUCUAUUGACAUAUUUGAAAACCUAACAAUCAAAAACAUUAAGUGGCUAUUGGAUUCCUUAGUAGAAGAGUAGUAUUACCCUAAAUAAAUUGUAGUAAAAGAAAAUACAAUAGGUAAUAAGUUCUAUAUAAUUGAAAGUGGCAUUGCUCGUGUCUACUCAAAUAAUAAAAAUAAUUAAUUUGAAAGAUUUUAUCAAACUGGAGAGUAUUUUGGUGAAACUGCUCUAAUAUGCCAUGGAGGAAAAAGAAUUGCAAAUGUAGAAGCAGUCACUGAACUUCGUUUACUCACUUUGGAAAAACAUGAUUUCAAAUUUAUUUUUGGUGAUGGAUGUGGUGGAGAUGGUCCUGUCAUCAGAAAGUUUAUGAACUUAACUGAUGCUCGUAAAUCAAAGGCUCUGCACGUAUUAUACAAGAAUUCUGUAUUUAAUGAGAUGGGAUAGUCAUAAAAAACAUAACUUGAAAUGAUUUUAAAAGAAGAAGAAGUUGAUAAAGGAUAAGUUAUGUGGAAUGUAGGAGACAAGGCUACAUUUGCCUUUAUUAUAAAGAAAGGUAAUUUUGAAUUUGUAGAUUGCCCUGAAUCUGAGUUAGAUGAGCUAGAGAGUGGUGCAUUUAUAGGAGAAGUUAAGUCAAUAACUGAUAGUUCACCUCUUACUACUUCAGUUGUUGCAACUAGAAAAGGAAAAAUAUUUAAGAUUUACAAAGAAGACCUCAUUUCUUUCUUAAAUAAAAAUCCUGGUUUAUAACUUGUAUUUUAGGAUUGCAAGUACCUAGAAUGA